AUGGAACCAAUACGACGUGUUGCCACCCGGUUGGGCCACAGUGACUCUGCGCCUAGUCACCGACUGUUGGAGGAUGGCAACCGCGAGUCCUACAAUACGGAUCGCAUAAAUGCUGUUGAAGAGUCAUUAGCAGAACUCGAUGGUCGCCUGGGUCAAGUCAACGAACGGCUUGAUCGCGUGCUCGAUGGCAUUCAACUGCUGUCUGGUGUUGUCGAGAGGAAUCAAGAAACGGCGAAUCAGAACACUGAGAUUGUAAGCCAGAUGCAGGCUUUUGCGGAACAGACAGCUACAACUAUUAAUUAUACGGCUCUUGCUCUCCAUGAACUCCAGCAGAACGCUGCAAGUGUGUAG